AUGCCAAAUAGUUUUUGUAUUGAAGACCUCUUGUACGUCUCAUAUUAUAAAAAUAAAAUACCAGACCAAGUCGGUCCUAGUAUACACAAAUUCUGGCUGGUGCAGAUUGUAGAGCUUUCGGAUAUUAGGCGAGGAAAAAAAUCCAGAAACAGGUUCUAUUGGCGGUUCUAUUGCUCAAGAAGUUUUCAUUUUUAUUUUGAGAAAAAAUCUUGCUACAAUGUAAGACAGGUAUUGCAGCUUAAUAUUCUUGAAUCAUUAUGUUUAAUAUUAGAGCUAGUAUAUAGAGCACAUCACAAAACAGGGUCUCUGAAACAGAAAAUGUUGCAAACUCUUCCAUUUAUCCUCAUUACCUUGAUUACAGGUGUUGUCUCUCAGAAUUGCCCUAAUGGUGAAGGCUAUUAUUGCGGAAUAGGAGUUGCCAAAGAUGCCAUGAGUCUUUACAUCUGCACAGAACUCAAUGGCUGGCAAAUUUCCGAGGUGUGCCAGUUUGGCUGCGAGGAAAAUCUUCCAGGCUUUCCCGACCAUUGUUUCCAGCCAGUAUCCCCUUCUGGCUAUGAGGAGACAGCUCAAAUUAUAUCGGCAUCAAAUGAUACUGUUACUCAAACAGCGAGUACAAGUGCAGAGGAGAGUAUCAAUACAGAAGUACCGCAGCCAGAUACUGUGACACCCAUAGUAUGA